AUGUUUCUGCUAUUGUCGAUUGCUAUCAGUCCAGUAUUCGCCGGGACUUCUGAACCCACGCUGAUCCGAAUCAUCCGAUUUACAUACUUCAGUCACCGCUCGUUCUGUUAUGGUAUCCAUCGACCACUGAAAGUCCUGCCGACGGUCAAUAGCGACGGCCUCCACGACGAAUGGAGUGGUGCGUCUCGAGAGGGUGCACGAGACCACCUGGUGCCGGCAAAGCAGCUUGUGUUGGAUCCGUACUAUCACGAAUACGAGCUACCGGACUAA